AUUCGCACGUAUAUAUUUAAAUAUUUAUUUUAUUUUUGUCCAAAUAUUGUUUGAAAAAAAAGGAUUGCAUAUUGUUGACAUGAGCAACACGGCUUACUCUGCCUCUGAGAGCGAUGCAUCCGAAAGCGCGGAUAAUUCAUUCUGCAUAUUUUUGCAUCUUGUAGAAGGAAUUGGUCUGCAUCGACGUGAUGGUAUUGGAGAUUUUACAGAACGACAUAAAGAUAAGGUUAUACUUACUGCCACUUUAAAUGGUGUGAAAUUCGAAGUAGAGGGUCAUUCUACAGAAACAGUGACCAUCUUUAACAGCAACUGCAUUUGGGAGUGCGAGCUCAGUGAUAUUAAACGAAUGAAAACGGACAAUCGACCAGUGAAACUGGAAAUAUUUAUUAAAAGUGGAAGAACGGAUACAUCUCCUCGUCGUGGAAUUGGUUCCUUGCUUCUGCCUAUUAGAGGGGUUCCACUAAUCGCCGCACUUCGGAAUGUCCAACUAAAACUACAUUGGCAUAAACUUAACGUACUAAGUUCAGAAUGGCGGCAAAAUAAGCCGGAAAUUUAUUUGCUUUUAGUGAUCGUAAAAAAGAAUCUCAUUGAUAGUGGGCAAUUUGAAGUAUUUUUGGGAAAGAGAAAAGGUUUGGUUAACGAAGGACUUUCACCGAAAUCUUCCGAGACAUCACUUAUGUUGCAGUCACAAAGUAACGUAUAUGUACAACUUCUGGAACAAGUAGGGCUGAUUCAAGUGGGUAACAACCCUGAUGUGGAUUGUGACAUUUUCAACGUGACUUUGACAUUUAAACAAGUGAAGAAUCUCAUGAAAGUACUGGAAAUAGAGAAGAAUUACCAUCGCCAAACCAGUGCCUUUGUGUUCCACUAUGAAUUUUUAGGCAGCGCUUCGCAGUUGGAAAUGAUAGGAAAUCAGUCUGAUAGCUAUACUAUCAAUGAAAAGGUUUCGUUGUCGUUUAAGUCAUCAUUGAAGAGCCUACGAACGUAUUUCCAACGCAUUUUCUAUAUACCUAUAAGUAUUUACGUUAAUAAUACAGUUGUGGCGAACUAUCGGUUGGAUUUCUCCAAGUUAUUACCAGAAGAUUCGUUUUUCAAUACGUGCAAAACAUUUACGAAAUAUGGAACUUUUUAUUUCGAUCGUACAAAUAAAAUUUUAAGUCCCAGAGCCCCGAAACCUUCAGUGGAUUAUAUAUUUUGCAUGCAACUUGUGACAAACUAUUCCAAGAAAUCGAACCCUGAGAUUGGCCCACUGACUGAGGCAUACGCUUCAUAUAAGAUCGAUGAGAAGGGAGCUGUGGACAUUACAGAAUGCUAUCGAAAUUUGGAUUUUCCGAAUAAUUUACAACAAAAACGCGCUCCUUAUGAUCCAGGCCAAAUUAGCAGUCGCAAUUUUACAAAUUUCGAAAUUUACGAACGUAAUUAUAUGAAAAUGCAGACUGACGCUUUUAUAAUUGGACGAGUGCUGGGGGAGAACACUGAGUUAUUUGCUAAAACAUCUGAAGAUUUUAGCAAGAAUACUGAUACUUUGGCACGUCGUCUAAGUAGACCAAUAUUAUCUAAUCACUGCGACAAUGAACGGGAGCAAUCGCAAGAAAGCACGUCAAAUGUUGAACUUUCACGGACAAACAACUUGCAAAACAUGCCAAUUAUGCCUGGAAAUCGAUCUGUUGGUGUUAAUACCGAUCAGUUAGAGACUGAUCCUGAGGAAAUGACAAUGAAGAUAGUUCGUGAAUUAGAGGAAUGGAAAACACAACAAAUGGAACACUUCAUUAAAGGCUUGGAACAAAAGGAGGUGGAAUAUUUAGCCGAACUGAAUAAAGAGUGGGAACAGCAACGGUCCAUACUACAAGCCAGACUUGAAGCGAAACUUUCCGAAUGUGAGAGAUUGAAUGCAGAAUUAGAACUGGCGCAUGCCGAAUUGAAUGCAAAUGCAUUGAAGCACCAAGAGACUAUUAGCAUUGUACAGACGGUGAAACAGGACAUCGAAAGGAGUUAUGCGGAGAAGUUCCAGCAAUUAGACGAUGAGAUGCAACGACUCAAACACGAAAUACAACAGCGUGCCGUGGAAAGUGCAGAACGCGAAGUGGAACAAGCACAGCAAAAGUGCCAAACGGCGGAGGCCAUUGGUUUAGAGUCGGAGGAAAAGUUGGAAAUGAAGAUGCGAAUUGAGCAAUUGGAAAAACAAUUAACGGCCAUGGAGAAAACCCAUUUCUCGGCUGAACAACUGCAAGGCAUGCUGUCAGAUUUACAAAAACAAACGGAACGUUUUGCAGACAUUGAGAAAGCCAAAGACUUUUAUAAAGCACAAUGGUCGAAGUCGGCGCGAGAACUGCAUAAAUUGCAAAUGACUUUGUUGAAACAAAAAGAGGAAGCAAUGGAAGAAAAGAAAGAUGUAGACGUGGAUAUAUGCUUGGAGGAGAUUCUGGAAGAAGAACAAGAAGCCUUGCAUAGUGAUCGUAACGAAUUGAAGUCUAUAAAAGAUUUACUUUAUGAUUCCUUGGAGUCUGCGUCACUUGAUGAUCUGCGAGCUGACUAAGAUUUCCCUGUUUACCAUUUUUUAUGUUUUGUUGUAGCAUAUGUUGUAUCAACUGAACAAAAUUGAGCUGUGAUAUGCCCGAGUACGCAAUUAUUUGAUUAUAAUUUUCACAUAAAAAGACAUUGUACAUGUUAAUUGCGAAAUUUUUUAUAAUGCCAAUUUUUAUUAUAGUUCUAUAACAAAUAAAUAUCAUUGUUUAAAUAUA